UUUUUAGUUUAUCUUAUUCUAAGAACGACCUUUAGCGAUAUACUCUCCUGCUUUGAAAACUAGUGCAACAUGCAGCUACUCAUCUAGUCCAGGAAGAAUGAAUAUAUAAGAACUGUGAAUUCUGAAAGAUCAAUUUUUUAUCCAAAGAAUCAUUAAAAGUCUCAUUGAAAGACACCAUCUAAAAAGAUAUGGAUCAUACAUCAGUAGAGCAUGAUAUAGAAUCAUCAAAUGAUGCACUGGCUAUCAAAAAAGAAAUUGAGGAGUCAUUUGCUGAGGGGAAUAUUGCUAUAAAUGAUGCAACGUGGCCCUUUAAAAUCAAAUAUGAUGAUGUUAAACAAGAGGCAAACACAGAUGACUACAAUGAAUCAGAUGUUAAAGAAGAGGCAAACACAGAUGACUACAAUGAAUCAGAUGUUAAACCAGAAUUAGAUUAUUCAUGUGACAAUAUACAAGAGAAUGAUAUUAAAAACAAUGAUUUGAACAUUGACUCAGAUUCUAAUGUA